ACAAGGACGGCCCCGAGUGCCCCCCCACGGUGGUGGUGAAAUGUCAGGAGGUUUUUGGGGCGGUGCAGGGAUGGAAUCCGGAGGUUUUUGGGGUGCCCAUCCCCAGGGGCGAGCCCAAGACGUGGUACGGGGUCCCGUCGUUCGCGGCCGAGCACCUGGAGGAGGUGAUGAAGAAGCUGACGCCGGAGCUGUUCGAGAGCCAGCCCGACCUCCUGCACCAGCUCGUCACCCUCAUGAACCCCAACACCCUGAUGGCCCACGGCGUCCCCGUGGUCCGGACCAACCAAUGCGCCGGCGAGUUCGUCAUCACCUUCCCCCGCGCCUACCACAGCGGCUUCAACCAGGGCUACAACUUUGCUGAGGCUGUCAACUUCUGCACGGCCGACUGGCUCCCCGCAGGCAGGCAGUGCAUCGAGCACUACCGCCGCCUGCGCCGUUACUGCGUCUUCUCGCACGAGGAGCUGAUCUGCAAGAUGGCAGCGAGCCCCGAGAAGCUGGACCUGAACCUGGCGGCCGCCGUGCACAAGGAGAUGUUCGUGCUCGUGCAGGAGGAGCGCAAGCUGCGCAAGGCCCUGCUGGAGAAGGGCAUCACGGAGGCGGAGCGCGAGGCCUUCGAGCUGCUGCCCGACGACGAGCGGCAGUGUGACAAGUGCAAGACCACGUGUUUCCUGUCAGCCCUGGCCUGCUACGACUGUCCCCAGGGCCUCGUCUGCCUCUACCACAUGGACGACCUCUGCAAGUGCCCCCGCAGCAAGCAGUACCUCAGGUACCGCUACACCCUGGACGAGCUGCCGGCCAUGCUGCACAAGCUCAAGGUGCGCGCCGAGUCCUUCGACACCUGGGCCAACAAGGUGCGCAUCGCCCUCGAGGUGGAGGACGGCCGCAAGCGCACGCUGGAGGAGCUGCGGGCGCUGGAGUCGGAGGCGCGGGAGCGCAAGUUCCCCGAGAACGAGCUGCUGCACCGCCUCAAGGGCUGCCUGGGCCAGGCCGAGCGCUGCGUGUCCGAGGCCCUGGGGCUCAUCAGCUCCCAGGAGACCGGGGUCCCCGCGCCGGCGCUGACGGUGGAGGAGCUGCGGGCGUUCCUGGAGCAGAUGAACCAACUGCCCUGCGUCAUGCACCAGAUCGGGGACGUGCAGGCUCUCCUGGAGCGGGUGGAAGCGUUCCAGGCGGAGGCGCGGGCGGCGCUGGCCGUGCCCCCCCCGGGCCCGGGGGCUCUGCAGGAGCUGCUGGAGCGGGGGUCCCGCCUGGGCGUGGAGGUGCCCGAGGGCCGGCGGCUGGAGCGGCAGCUGGCCCAGGCCGCGUGGCUGGAGGAGGUGACGGCCACGCUGAGGUCCCCGCGGGCCCGCGUCCCCCUGCCCGUCAUGCGCGGCCUCAUCCAGGCCGGCCGCACCGUGGCCCCCAGCCCCGCCGUGGACGUGGCCAUGGCCGAGCUGCAGGAGCUGCUGACCAUCGCCCAGCGCUGGGAGGAGAAGGCUCAGAUGUGCCUUGAGGCCAGGCAGAAGCACCCCCCAGCCACGCUGGCUGCCAUCAUCAAGGAGGCCGAGAACAUCCCGGCGCUGCUGCCCAACAUCCAGGCCCUGAAGGAGGCCCUGGGCAAGGCCCGCGCCUGGAUCGCCGACGUCGAGGAGAUCCAGAACGGUGACCACUACCCGUGCCUGGACGACCUGGAGGGGCUGGUGGCCGUGGGCCGGGACCUGCCCGUGCGGCUGGAGGAGCUGCGGCAGCUCGAGGUGCAGGUGGGCACCGCGCACUCCUGGCGGGACAAGGCCUCCCGCACCUUCCUCAAGAAGAACUCCUGCUACACCCUGCUCGAGGUGCUGUGUCCCUGCGCUGACGCCGGCUCGGACAGCAGCAAGAGGCUCAAGUGGCGGCAGGAGCCGGGGCUGUACCGGCUGGACGCCGAGAGCUUGGGGCUGUCAGCGCAGGACCUGCGGGACCCCGGUGCUGUGAUCGUGGCGUUCAAGGAGGGCGAGCAGAAGGAGAAGGAGGGCAUGCUGCGCCUCCGCCACGCCAACGCCCAGAAAGCCGCGCCGCCUCUGCCGGGCCCGGGGCCACCAUCCUGCGUGUGCGGGCAACCUGCGGGGCCGGGCAUGCUGCAGUGCCAGCUCUGCCGGGACUGGUUCCACGGCUCCUGCGUGGCCUGGCCCCGCCUGGGCGCCCAGAAACCCUCGCCAGCCUGGUGGGAGUGGGACGCCAAGUUCCUGUGCCCGCUGUGCCAGCGCUCGCGGCGGCCGCGCCUCGAGACCAUCCUGGCGCUGCUGGUGGCCCUGCAGAAGCUGCCGGUGCGGUUGCCCGAGGGCGAGGCCCUGCAGUGCCUCACCGAGCGGGCCAUCACCUGGCAGGACCGUGCCCGCCAGCUCCUGGCGUCCCCCGAGGUGGCCGGGCCGCUGGAGCGCCUGGCGGCCCUGCGGCACCGGCUGCACGGGGACAGCGACGGCGCCCUGCGCGAGGCCAGCCGCAACGAGCAGACCAAGGUGUCGGUGGAGAACGGGGACGCCCCCAGCCCGGAGAAGAACGGGCCCCUGCCCUCGGAGCUGGAGGCGCUGAGCGCGGCGCUGCCGCGGCUGCAGGGCCCGGUGCUGGAGCUGGCCGAGGCCACGCGGCGGCCGCUGGAGGAGCUGAUGAUGGAGGGGGACCUGCUGGAGGUGACGCUGGACGAGGCCCAGAGCAUCUGGAGGCUGCUGCAGGCCACACGCCCGCCCCCGCUGGCCCUGUUCCGCCUGCUGCUCGAGCUGGAGCAGGCGGAGCGUCGGGGGGCUCGAGCCCGCGGCCGUGACCCCGAGAGGCGCCGGAAGCGCCGGGCGGAGCGGGGGCACCUCCCCUCCCUGGCCAAGGAGGAGCUGGAGCCAAAGAGGAGUCGGGGACCCGAGGGGGGGGACCCCCGGGACAGCCCCACACCCGGCCCCCAGACCCCAGGGGACUCGUGACGUGGAGCCCCCAGCUCGGACGGACGCGGCUGACACGGUGGGGACGGACUGGGGGGGGCCACCCCGAGCCCCCCCCCCCAAAUUUUGGGG